UGUCAUACUGCCUGGACUGGUGUGUCUGUAGAGAGUACAUGGUGUGUCCUCUGUGUGCACACUAUGGGCAGGAAGGUGACCUUGGCUACCUGUACAUUGAAUCAGUGGGCUCUGGAUUUUGAAGGGAAUCUGCAGAGAAUAUUACAGAGUAUAAAGAUUGCCAAGGAGAGAGGAGCUCGAUACCGACUCGGCCCAGAAUUGGAAAUAUGUGGCUAUGGCUGUUCGGAUCACUUCUUCGAGUCAGAUACAAUCCUUCAUUCUUUCCAAGUCCUGGUGAAGCUGCUGGAGUCUCCAGUGACCACCGAUAUCAUCUGCGAUGUGGGGAUGCCUGUGAUGCACAAAAAUGUUCGAUACAACUGUCGGGUGAUCUUCCUUAACAAGAAAAUUUUGCUCAUCCGACCAAAAACGGUAAUGGCGAAUGCUGGAAAUUACCGGGAGCUGCGCUGGUUUACACCAUGGAAUAAACUGAGAGAAGUUGAAGUUCACUUCCUUCCAAGAACUAUUCAGGACAUCACCGGGCAGGACACGGUACCAUUUGGUGAUGCAGUUCUGGCAACUAAAGACACCUGCUUAGGAUCAGAAAUCUGUGAAGAGUUGUGGGCACCAAAUAGUCCUCACAUUGAUAUGGGCCUGGACGGUGUAGAGAUAUUUACAAAUGCUUCUGGAAGUCAUCAUGAGCUGAGAAAAGCCCACUUACGUGUAGAUCUUGUCAAAUCUACAACCACAAAAAAUGGUGGGAUCUAUUUACUCUCCAAUCUCAGAGGCUGUGACAGUGACCGGCUUUAUUUUGAUGGUUGUGCUAUGAUAUCCAUCAAUGGAGACAUUGUAGCACAGGGCGUUCAGUUUUCUUUACAAAAUGUGGAGGUCCUCACAGCCACAUUAGACUUGGAAGAUGUCCGUAGCUACAGAGCCCACACAUCCUCACGGUGUAUAUCGGCCAGCAGAGUGACCCCAUUUCACAGAGUACACGUGGACUUUUCCCUUUCCUCAUUUGAUGAUGUAUAUACUCCCACAUCUGAACCAAUCCAAUGGAAGUACCACAGCCCUGAGGAGGAAAUCAGUCUUGGACCAGCCUGUUGGCUUUGGGACUAUUUAAGACGCAGUAAACAGGGAGGGUUCCUUCUUCCUCUCAGUGGUGGGGUGGACAGCUCUGCUGUAGCCUGUAUCGUGUACUCUAUGUGUCGGCUCGUAUGCCAGGCUGUGGAUAUGGGAAAUGAAGAAGUGCUGUGUGAUGUACGUCAUAUAGUCUGUGAUGAAUCCUAUAUGACCACUACUCCCAAUGAGCUCUGCAACCGUCUACUGACCACUUGUUACAUGGCCACUGAGAACUCCUCUGCUGAGACUCGAGAAAGGGCCAGAAUGCUGUCACAGGAAAUAGGCAGUUAUCACCUGACCCCAAUCAUUGACACCGCUGUGAAGGCUGUUAUUUGCAUUUUUACCUCUGUGACUGGCAAAGUCCCUCAGUUUCGUGUUCAUGGUGGAACUGGACAAGAGAAUUUGGCGCUUCAGAAUGUCCAGGCCCGAUUAAGGAUGGUGAUGGCGUAUUUGUUUGCACAGCUCAGCCUCUGGACACGUGGCUUACCAGGAGGACUUCUGGUUCUCGGAUCAGCUAAUGUGGAUGAAAGCCUUCGAGGAUACUUAACAAAGUAUGACUGCUCCAGUGCCGACAUAAACCCUAUUGGUGGGAUCAGUAAAACAGAUCUGAGAAGAUUCAUCGGUUAUGCUAUUGAUACAUUUCGGCUCAGAGCUUUGACAAGUAUACUGUCUGCCCCACCAACAGCAGAAUUGGAGCCGCUCACAGAUGGACACGUAUCGCAGACUGACGAAGAGGAUAUGGGAAUGACAUAUGAUGAGCUGUCCGUCUAUGGAAAGCUGAGAAAAGUUGUGAAAACUGGACCAUACAGCAUGUUCUGUAAACUGCUUCUCAUGUGGAGGACAGUAGCACCUAGACAGGUAGCUGAGAAAGUGAAAUAUUUCUUCAGGAUGUACUCCAUUAACAGGCACAAAAUGACGACCCUGACACCUGCAUACCAUGCCGAAAGCUAUAGCCCGGACGAUAACCGGUUUGACCUCCGGCCGUUCCUAUACAAUGCAUCUUGGGCAUGGCAAUUCCGCUGCAUCGAUGAACAGGCAGGUCUCUUACAAUUGCUGUGA